AGCAAAAUGGUAUGAAAGGAGAUAAUCGUAGAAAUCCCUUUCAAAUAGUACAAUCAAAAUAUUACUCCUACGACUCUUGUGUCGUAAGCUUAGAAACAAGAAGCUAACAUGGCAGACGAUAAGCCAGAGACUCUGAUAUGCACCAUUGUAGCAGUAGACACCACCAACGACUUCUCUUACUUGGUUUGUUCAGUCUGCGAAAAGCCCCUUCACAACCCCAUUUCACCCUGCAAUUUCUGCAAUCGUAACGCCUUCAAUUCCUCUUCUUUUCCUUCCAAACGCCUCUUUCGCCUUCUUAUGUCAAUAGCAUCAGAUACAAAGGUAUUUAGGGUGAUAUGCUUUGAUAGGGCUGCUAAAGUUUUGCUUGGUUGUUCUGCUGGUGAAUUUUUCGAUUUCGCCAAGCUUCAUCCUUUUGCAGCUGCAAAUGCUGGAAGGAUUCUUGAAGGUGAAAUGUGUCGGAUGACAUUGGCGAAACCAAAGAAUGGUAAUGCUCAACAUCUGCGCGUUGCAUCAGUUGUUCCUUUGAGCUCUGGCUUUCAGCCAGUAAUUCAGUCUUUGAAAGAACACUAUGGAGUGCACUAGUUCUUGAUUUCUCUACGUGGUAUAUUGGAGCUUAGUUACUGACUUACAGAUGUAUUGAAAGUCUUCUUGUUAGCAAUGGAUAGUUGUGGGAAUUUGAGUGCAUUUAAGGCUUAUUACUGUCCUUGAGACUCAGAGAGUUUUAACAGAUAGGGUUAUCCUGUUACAUAAUAAAACAGACGAUGCUGGUCUCUGCAAGUUUUCUACAGCUUUUCUUAUCCAAACUUGUUCGCGGUUGAACUUUAGUUGUACCAAUUUAGUGAUGAACUUGUUAUUGUAGAGAGUUGAUGAUCGACAGUAGCAACGGCCUACAGAUACAUAUGUGUGGUUUGUGGUUAGAAGCCACUUUUGUAUUACUGUGAUUUGCUAAGUGAAAUGAAUUUGUGUAUUUUGAACACUAGUACGUGAAUGGAUUGCUUAAACCAGUUUGGGUUU